AUGGCCGCUCCCAGCGACGACGAUCACCACCACCACCGGUACGAAACCUCCUCCGACGACGACACCGAGGACGAAACCUCCUCCUCCGACGAACUAGACCGCCACGCGUCCGCCGCGGCCGAGGAGGACGCGGCGUUGGGGUCGAGGAGGAGCGGCAGCUUGUUCAUGGCCUGCUGCGGCGGCGUGGGGUGGCCGGCGAGGAGUACGGCCACCACCAGCGGUACGAAGCUCCGGCGGCGGAGGGUGGCGGCGGGGGAGUGGAACAGGAUCUACCUCUUAGCCUGCGCGAUGGGGCUGUUCGUGGACCCGCUCUUCUUCUACGCGCUCUCCAUCAGCGACGCCUACAUGUGUCUCUUCGUCGACGGAUGGGUCGCUCUCACCGUCACCGCACUCCGCUGCAUGAACGACCUCCUCCACCUCUUCAACCUCUUCCUCCGCUUCGCCGCCGCCAACCACCGCUGGAGGACCACCACUACUACUGCUGCUGCCUCGCCGCCCGGCCGGAGGUACUACUUGAAGGACAAGAAGGGGUUCUUCCUCGACCUCUUCGUCAUCCUCCCCAUCCCACAGAUUGUAUUGUGGGUGGCAAUCCCUUCAGUACUGGAAGCCGGCUCCGUCACGGCGAUAAUGACACUAUUUCUGGUGACGUUCCUCGUCCAGUACCUGCCGAAGAUCUACCACUCCGUCCGCGUCCUCCGCCGCAUGCAAGAUCACUCCGGCUACAUUUUUGGGACCGUUUGGUGGGGCAUUUUCCUCAACUUGAUUGCUUACUUCGUCGCUUCCCACGCAGCCGGAGGUUGCUGGUACUUACUAGGCAUCCAAAGGGCAGCCAAAUGCCUUGAAGACCAAUGCAAAUCCACAACCCACUGCAUCCCCCAGAUCCUCUCCUGCAGUCAGCCCAUCUACUACGGAUCCACCACCAGGCCCAUCAUGAGCCCAAGACUCGUCUGGGCCCACAACAACCACACCAGGUACACCUGCCUGUCCUCGCCGGACCACUACAGCUACGGCGCCUACAAGUGGACCGUCCAGCUCGUGUCCAACGAGAACCGGCUCGAGAAGGUCCUGCUUCCGAUCUUCUGGGGGCUCAUGACCCUCAGCACGUUCGGCAACCUCGAGAGCACGACCGAGUGGGUCGAGGUCGUGUUCAACAUCGUCAGCCUGACCGGAGGAGUGCUGUUGGUGACGAUGCUGAUAGGGAACAUCAAGGUCUUCUUGAACGCGACGACGUCGAAGAAGCAGGCGAUGCAGCUGAGGAUGAGGAACCUGGAGUGGUGGAUGAGGCGGCGGCAGCUCCCCCUGGGGUUCCGGCAGAGGGUGCGGAACUACGAGCGGCAGAAGUGGGCGGCGAUGAGAGGGGUGGAUGAGUAUGAUAUGAUCAGGAAUUUGCCGGAGGGGAUAAGGCGGGAUAUUAAGUAUCAUCUUUGCUUGGAUUUGGUCAGGCAGGUGCCGUUGUUUCAGCACAUGGAUGAUCUGGUGCUGGAGAACAUUUGUGACCGGGUCAAGUCGCUCAUAUUCACCCGAGGUGAAAUGAUAACAAGAGAAGGGGAUCCGGUGCAAAGAAUGCUGUUCAUAGUGAGAGGUCAUCUCCAGAGCAGCCAGGUCCUGCGCGACGGCGUGAAGAGCUGCUGCAUGUUGGGUCCGGGCAACUUCUGCGGCGACGAGCUCCUCUCCUGGUGCCUCCGCCGCCCCUUCGUGGAGCGGCUGCCGCCGUCCUCCUCCAGCCUCAUCACGCUGGAGACGACGGAGGCCUUCGGCCUGGAGGCGGAGGACGUCAAGUACGUCACGCAGCACUUCCGCUACACGUUCGUGAAGGAAAAGGUGAAGCGGAGCGCCCGGUACUAUUCUCCCGGGUGGCGGACUUGGGCGGCGGUGGCGAUACAGCUGGCGUGGCGGCGGUACAAGCACCGCCUCACGCUGACGUCGUUGUCGUUCAUCCGGCCUAGGCGGCCGCUCUCCAGGUGUUCCUCGCUCGGGGAGGAUCGGCUCCGGCUUUACACGGCGUUGUUGACCUCGCCCAAGCCGAAUCAAGAUGAUUUUGACUUCUGA